UUUUACGAAAUCGGAGCGCACUUUGCGGUUUAUGAAUCUAUAUGUAUCUAUAUAUACAAAUAAAAUAGUUAUGAAUCAAAUGUUAAUCAGGAAACAGAUCUAUUAUUAAAAAAGAAGGGAGCCUUCAUUUUCAUCAGCGGAACUGAAUUUGCAUGUGCUGACCUAACGGUGGCCGGGGCUGACGUCUCCUCCUUCAGCCUGACGUCGUCCCCAGUGGUCGUGCGUGCCGUGCCGGGCCUCUCUGCAGAUGGAGGUGGCGCGGGGGGGAGGUUGUUUGGGGAUGGUUUGCCGGGAUAUCGCGUCACCUCCUCGGUGUCUUGCUAGCAUACUGUCACCUGCUCGCAUUCAGCACGAGCUGUUUGCACGGACAUGAAAAGUAAGAUUUCGGGUCGCGGUAGCCGCUCCUGUUUGUGAGCCCUUUGUAAAGCACGUCGCUGCGGGCCAGGAGAUGUUUCGUGAGCUUUGGUGGGUAAACAGAAGGCCUUUACCUUUGCAGGGUUGACAGCUUCUGUUUAGGGGCUUGUUGUCUUCGCGGUAAUGACAGACUACAGCUGCUGCUGCAUCUGCUUUUGAGCUAUCAGCCAGAGACGAGACGUCCACCAGAAGAAGAUAGUUGGUAACUAUGGCUGAACAAGACGUUUGCCCCCACCUCGAUUCAAUAGGCGAGGUGACAAAGGAGGACCUUCUGCAGAAGUCUAAGGGAACUUGUCAGUCAUGUGGAGCUGGUGGUCCAAACCUGUGGGCCUGUCUACAGAACGACUGCCCGUAUGUCGGGUGCGGAGAGUCCUACUCUGAUCACAGCACCCUGCAUGCACAGGCUAAGAAGCACAACCUUACCGUGAAUCUGACAACGUUCAGGAUCUGGUGUUAUGUGUGUGAGCGAGAGGUGUUUCUGGAGCACAGGCCGGCCCUGGUGCCCGUAGCUGCUGCAGCACACCUCUGUAAAGCUACAGAGCAGGAAACCUCUCCCCAGACAGUUGGUCACCCACUCAAAGCGGUACCGAUUGCUGUGGCCGAAGAAGAAGGCUCAGAGUCAGAAGAGGAUGAGCUUAAACCCAGAGGGUUGACAGGAAUGAAAAACAUCGGAAAUUCCUGCUACAUGAACGCAGCUCUUCAAGCCCUGUCCAACUGCCCUCCUCUCACUCAGUUUUUUCUGGACUGCGGUGGAUUGGUAAGGACUGACAAGAAGCCUGCUUUGUGUAAGAGCUACCAGAAACUCAUCUCAGAACUCUGGCAUAAAAAACGGCCCAGCUAUGUUGUCCCUACCAGCCUGUCCCACGGCAUCAAACUGGUGAACCCCAUGUUUCGUGGUUACGCUCAGCAGGACACUCAGGAGUUCUUGCGCUGUCUGAUGGACCAGCUACACGAAGAGCUGAAGGAGCCUCUGUCUGAGUGUAACGUGGGCUACGACGGGAGCGACGGGGAGGACAGAAGAGACGGAGACCGCUCCCCCUCUGAGGAUGAGUUCCUCUCCUGUGACUCUGGCUCCAGUAGUGACCGAGGGGAGGGAGGAGGGGUGGGUGACAGCGAGCUGCUCAUCCAGGAUGAGUGUGAUGGGAUACGGUCACCGGCAGGUGGAAUGGGGGACGUCAGUAGUGGUGCAGUGAUCUCUGAGAAGGAGAGGCUUAAAGAAAGGAGGUUACCCGGCUCCCCGCUCCGUGGAGGUUCACAAGAGAUGGAUGAAGAUGCUGAUGUGGACACAGCAGUUGAGGAAGGGUCUCCAGAAAGGAGGGCGGAGGAUGAAGAGGAGCCUGCAGCCCCAAACACAGAGGUCCAAAGUCAGGAAAACCAUCAGACGUCUAACACAGGGCAAAGUCAAGUCCCGAGCAACAACAGCUCAGAGCCAGACAAUGAAGCAUCGAUGACCCAGCCCCAGUCCACUCCCUGCAGUCCUGUGCGCACCCUUCAAGAGCUGCAUCCCAAACUGUCCUCCAGUCCCCCCCGGUCCAGCCCUCUCCGCUCUUCAGGACCUGCAUACUCCUUCAAAAAAGCUCAGCUGCUGCUCAGUGCCAGGAAGAAAAAGCAGUCUCACUAUCGCAGUGUGAUCUCGGACAUCUUUGAUGGUUCGAUCCUCAGUCUAGUCCAGUGUUUGACCUGUGACAGGGUCUCAACUACAGUGGAAACCUUCCAGGACUUAUCCCUCCCUAUUCCUGGUAAAGAAGACCUAGCAAAGCUCCAUUCAUCCAUCCAUCAGAACCUGCCGGUGAAGACUGGUGUGUGCCCUGACACUUACGGCUCGCAGGGGUGGAUCUCCUACAUCAUGGACUCCAUACGGCGGUUUGUAGUCUCAUGUAUCCCCAGUUGGUUUUGGGGGCCCAUGGUAACACUAGAGGACUGCCUUGCUGCUUUUUUUGCUGCAGAUGAACUCAAAGGGGAUAACAUGUACAGCUGUGAGAGAUGUAAAAAGUUGAGAAAUGGUGUCAAAUACUGCAAAGUGCUUAGACUUCCAGAGAUUCUGUGCAUUCACCUGAAACGUUUUCGGCACGAGGUCAUGUAUUCGUUCAAGAUAAGCAGCCACGUGUCCUUCCCGCUCGAGGGCCUCGACAUGCGACCUUUCCUGGCUAAAGACAGUCCAUCGCAAGUUACCACUUACGACUUGCUGUCAGUCAUUUGCCACCAUGGCACUGCAGGAAGUGGGCACUACAUAGCUUACUGUCAGAAUGUAAUCAACGGCCAGUGGUAUGAGUUUGAUGACCAGUAUGUUACCGAAGUCCAUGAGACGGUGGUGCAGAACGCAGAGGCUUAUGUGUUGUUCUAUAGGAAAAGUAGCGAGGAGGCUGUGAGAGAGAGGCAGAAGGUGGUGGCUCUGGCCAAUAUGAAGGAGCCCAGCCUGCUGCAGUUUUACAUCUCCAGAGAAUGGCUCAACAAGUUCAACACCUUCGCUGAGCCAGGCCCCAUCAGCAACCACACGUUUCUUUGUCAACAUGGCGGGAUCCCUCCUAAUAAAUACCACUACAUAGAUGAUCUGGUUGUGAUUGUUCCCCAGAACGUGUGGGAAUACCUUUACAACAGCUUCGGAGGUGGCCCAGCAGUCAACCACCUCUACAUGUGUGCAAUCUGUCAGGUGGAGAUUGAAGCUCUAGCUAAACGCAGAAAAACAGAAAUUGACACCUUCAUCAAGCUGAACAAAGAGUUUCAAGCUGAGGAGGCUCCAACAGUGAUCCUGUGUAUCAGCAUGCAGUGGUUCAGAGAGUGGGAGAGCUUUGUGAAGGGCAAAGACAAUGAGCCACCCGGUCCCAUCGACAACAGUAAAAUCGGUGUUAUGAAAGGAGGACAUAUACAGCUAAAGCAAGGUGCAGACUAUGGUCAGAUCUCAGAGGAGACUUGGCAGUACUUGUUGGGAAUUUAUGGCGGAGGCCCUGAGAUUGCAGUGAGACAGACGGUGGCCCCGGCUGACCCCGACACCCUUCACGGAGAGAGGAAGAUUGAGGCAGAGACGAGAGCACUUUGAGAUAAAGAGAGGUCUUCUGAGCCCUUUUUCCACUCUUGUCCUCACAGGAAGCUGAGGAAUUUGCACCAUGGUGAAGAAGCCCCAUCUUGAGCACUUUGUAAAUGUAGCAGCAUGUUAUUCUGAAGCCAUGUUGCAGCAAGAGAAAAUGCUACCUAAAAACAACACGGUUUAUUUGUUGGAUAACUUUGAUCCUUAAUGUUGAGGUGUACAAAUAAGAUGUUGUCACAUCCCUGGAGCUGUUUUUGGUAGCUGUGGUGUCUCAGUGGCCGCUGUAGUGACACGGUGUUGUAUAAUGCUAAACGGGCAGAUGGCUGCAAGUAUUACAAGACAAAAUGCUGCGGAGAAUAGAAUUACAGUGUGUUGCUUUUGAGGACUUCUCUUCUUCCCUGGAAGCAAACCCAGAGACAUUAACAGUGCUUUUUGUUAUUUAGUUACAUAUCAGCAGGUACGGCCAUGACGAGAUGUCAGAUAAAUCACAGUCGGACCCUUUGAUCUUUAAAGGGGACAUAUUAUGCAUAUCUACUUUGUUUUUCCACAAAAGAUGGCAAAAGAGCAUCCCUAGAGAUAUUGCAUGUAGUUACAUACAGGCCCCACUGGUGAAUAGAUGCACCUGAAUACAACAGACCUGCCCUGGUGUACAUUUCUGUGUUUUCAUGUCACCUUUACUGCUUUAGUCCAAGCUCAGCUCGGUCCUUUACGUCUCUUUGCAUCUCUCCUCAUCGCACCCUGUACUGCAUUUCAGCACGUUUAAAAUCCCACUACAGCUGACCUCAUUUACAUAAUCUUCAGUUUUUGUUUACAGACAAUGAAAUGAGUGUGAAAUAGGAAGACACAAACUACAACCUGGCUUGUAACCUGUCGCCAGUUAUGAGCCAGUUUUUAAAGCUGCAUUGCUAAAGUUUCAGUUUUUGAAUUGAUCCAUGGUUCAUAAUCAUGAGCUCAAAUCAGUGGUUGUUUGUGAUUGCUUUGUGUUGCAUGUAAAAUGAUCACACUGAGAAUGAUAGAAACAUCAGAGUCUCUCAUUCACGUCUAUGUGGCACACUGUGCUGUACUGCUCUCACUGGGUGGUGCUUUCGGCUGCUCCCGUGUGUGUCUUACAGACCACUUCCUGAAAAGGAGAUUGGGCACCAGCAGCACUUUUAAUUUAAAGCUACAGGCACUGAAAGCGUCUGUUGAAAACUGGGGGUAUAAGCUGAACCUUAAACAUUUCGGGGACAUGUAAAGCCUGCAUCAACAUGUUAAAGUGGUAUAUAAUAUGUCCUCUUUAAAAGCACUCAGGACUGUGGGUCUUUUCAGGUUUGAAUUUGUUUAAAAGGGUUUACAGACUACAAAAAUGCAUGUUCCAAAAGACUUUGGGUAUAAAUGCAUGAAAAAAAGUUGUUUUUUUUGUUCUUCUUUGCUCAAGUGAGGACAUUUCACUGACAGGUUGAGUUUUUUUAUUUUAUUUUUAUUUUUUUUAUACCCCAAACAGACAACCCGUUAUCUUUUUGUGUGCUCGCAAAAGUGUUGACUCGCUUCUGUUUAGUUUACGCAAGCAGCGAUCAAUACUUAGGAGUUUAUGAAUAUUAACAGAUGGAAAUUUGGAAAUGGGAAUUUUGAUGGGGCAUAGACAGAAAGUUGAGCGUGAGAGAGGAUUAAUGAAGAGAAUCUUGUGCAACAAAACAUCAGAGCUGGUUUUUAUGAAGAGAAGAGACAGAAGCUUUUGAUUUCUAAGUGUAAAUUAACUUUGAGAUGCCUGUUAUUACAAUAGACCAUUAUGCAGUAUUUGUUUAAAGGGCAGUAUUAAGUACAAAGUGCUUUUUCCCACCAUCUUCUAAAAAUUUAGCAGAAAUAACACAACAGCUUCACAAACAGAUAUCACAUAUGCAAAAAAAAAAAAGAAGAAAAGAAACAUGUCGCACCAAUAAGGUUACUCCUUAUACUGAUUCGGUGUAUGUAUACUUUUUUUAUUAUUAUUAUUUUGUUUUAUACUACUGUGCAAUGUUUGGACUCCAAUCUGAAGGUGGUAAAUAAAAAAAAUUAAAAAAAACCUUGUAAAAAUUUAGCAUAAGUAUAAAAUGUUAGAUAUUUUCCUGAAGUGUGCAAUUCAUGUUGCAGAAAUGCAAGAGAGAUAAUUCGAUAAUAAAUCUGUAAGAAGCUUAGCUAAGUAAACUUAGUCAUCCUCUUUCUCAUUUCAGAUAAACCACACGCUUGCCUUUUUUGUUCUUUUUAAAAAAUAAAUAAAUAAUGGAACCCUAACCCUUGCCAAACGUUGCCCCCACAUUUUAAGUAGUUAAUGCUUGGCAUUAACUAAUAAGCUAAUUCUUUCCCUUUAAUAUAUUAGACUACAUUACAUUAUAUUAGUCUAGUCUACUGUCAGUUAAUAAUAAUCAGGUUUAGAAAUGGUGUUAAUGAGCUAUUACAUGCUUCUUCUUUUUUUUGUCAAUUUACAUGACAUGGAGUCUCCAUAGGUGUUUUUCAUAAAGUGUCAGUGCAUAUACAUUGCUUUUAAAUCUCUAUUUUAUCAGUAAUCAUUAAGGGAGAAAUUAUAUGUAUUAGACUGGCAGUGAAAAACUUCCAGAAGUAGACUGUGGGUAAAUGUUGCAACUCAGCUGAUGCCGGUUUAAAAGUAGCUAGAAGUACUUUGAUAACGAAAUUUUCAGGGCCAAAUGACUGAAAAUAAUAGUGAGGGCUUAUUUAAUCUUUUAUGUAAGAUGAAGGUGCAAAGUGGUGUUUGUUCCAGAGUGUUCCCCGUUCUGUGAUGUUUGCUUUUUUUAAAAAAAUAAAAAAUUCCUCUAAGUGAAAUUACUAUUUUUCCCUGAUGACGAGUUCACCCACACAUAUUUGGGAGUAAUCGUCUGAAUUUCUUCACAUUUGUAUCAAGGAAUCAUUUUUGGCUAUAAUUUGAGGCAUAACAGAUGGGUCUCAAUAAUAGAGUAUGAUCAUUCACCCCGGUUGCGUUUGCCAAAUAGAAGAGCCAAAAUAGAGGCACAGAACAAAUUGACAGUGAAUUCAACCAUAAAGCCAAAACUGGCUCACCUCUGUACAUGUAGUUAUAUAUCUAGGUUUCCAAUAAAAUCAAAGUUAAUGUUUGUUUGUUUUUUUGGGAGGUGGAGAAUUAAUGGUCAACCAGGGCUCCACCAGAGUUCAGGUACAGAAGUGGUAGAUUGUUUCUGGCUGGGUGGGCCCAGAUCACUUCUAUCGCUUGGUAGAUCAUAUGGUCCUUCUGACUUCAUUAGGUGGUGACCUUCUGCUAGGAUGGUUCUCAGUUCAUCCAAAUUAUUGUAGUUAAAGGAGCUUGGAAAGAAAACCGUCUGGACUUCUUUAAGUUUCCUUAAAAACAUCUCACCUCUUAUCCGAGAAGCUUCUCUAGUUCUAAGAGCAAUUGGUGAAGAGUGAAGAGUAGAAGAGCCACCUCGACAAGACAAGACUCAGCUAUUCAUCUGCAUUUAAAGGACACAGGUCUCUCUUUCGAAGAUGCCAAUGUUCACAUUUCGGACAGAGAAGACAGAUGGUUUGAAAAAAGAGCGAAGGAAGCAUCUAUGUCUACUGUGAACGACCAUCUUUGAACAGAGGCGGUGGUUUAAGACACCAACUGUCUGCCAUCUAUAAUCCAGUUUUGAGAACCCUUCCCAGACGCCUUAACGACCACUCACAUCCUGAGCCAUUUGACCUCAGUAAAUCACCUGAUAGGGUGGGGCUUAUUCUCACAGUGGGUUCACCUGAAACAUUGACUGAUUGUGCCUCACACCCGCUUUCAAAGGUGUGGGGCAGAGGAUCAACAGGGGGUCCACGACCCUCUUGGGGACACUCCCAAUAGGGCUUAAAAUCUGGAACUCUCCACCAUUUGCUCUUAGAACUGAAGAAGCUUCUUGGAUGAGAGGUGAAAAGUCUUCAAGGAAACUUAAAGAAGUCCAGACACUUUGUUUUCAAGCGCCAUACAUUGCGCUAGGACGAUUUGGAGCUGGGAUGACAUUUGGCACUUCCAAGUUUGAGGCCACAGUUCCCAACCGAAAAAGGGUGCAGGUCUCUUUCCACUUUGGAAAGUAGUUUCUCCCCUAAGUAGGGGAGUUCAAGUAUCUUUAGAUCUAGAGAAUGGGACUAGCAUAUUGUCUGAAGAGAUGCAGGUGCUGUACCGGUCUGUUGUGGUGAAGAAAGAAAUGAGUGUAAAGGUGAAGCUGUAGAUUUACUAGUCAUGCUACAUUUCUGUUCUCACCUAUGGUUAGAGCUGGGCGUGAAGACCGAAAGAACGAGAUUGUGGAUACAAGCAGUGGAAAUGAGCUUCCUCUGAAAGGUGUCUUGGCUUGCCAUGGCUAUUGAGUGGACUCACUACUGUGCAUGCUCAGCUCUAAAUUUUCCAGAUUUCUAAUAUCUCAUUCUGUGACAUAUCUACUUUAACCUUUUGGUUCCCGUGGCAUUCUUGCCUUCCAGCUAAGUGAGGCGCCCCUUAUCCAAAACAACUUCACAUUUGGCACUGUGCUUGUAUAGUCAGCAAUACACCCAUCCAAUGUGAAACUUGAUUGCGGAAAUAGGCGACAGUAGUUCAGAUAGACACAGAUUCAUCAAUUAUUUAAAAUUUUUUAUAUUUAAAAAGUCCUUGGACAUUUUUACUCUCUAACAAGAAAGUAGAAAUAGGGUUUCCCUUUAAUGUGUUCGAGUCAUCUUAGCAGAAUAAAACAAAACUUUGACAAAUACCGAUCAAAAAUUAAGUGUUGAUGUGUGCUUUUUCCCUUAAUAAUAGCUGGGGUAACUAUCUGCACUAUAGUCAUCCUACUUUUGAAUACAGUGCCUUCAAUCCCCUACACACUGUUUGUUAAGGUGGGAAAUUUCCCAACAUUCAUCCACCUUUACAUUAGUCAUGUAUGUCUAGCAGUGUACUAUUAACUCUAACAGCUUUAUUUGUUUGGAAGCUCAAUCGAGAAAGCUCUCAUUCAUGCAGAGAUAUUAAGGAAAGCGAUGAGAACUCAGGAGGUAAUCAUUCCUUUGUUCUCCAGCUUUAUAUGAAAAACAACAGGAACCUUUGAACGGCGCGUCCUAACACAUGAUAGGCAGAAUUACUUUUUUCCAUUGUUUUGUUUACACCACUGAUUUGUUCAUUGUUUUCUAAUGUGUUUUCUUUUAGCACAUUUCCAUGUUGUAUCCACGAGAGGUGUUAUUGGCGAUCUGUGUAUUAUGUUUAGAUACAUUUUUUUGGGGGGGGGAAGUGCAAUGAAAUAAAAGACAAAUCUUAGUGCAAUCUCAGCUCUAUCAUCAAAGAUGUGCUUGACAUGCUGACAGUCUGAACCGCUGACCUGAAGACUGGAGCGGUUUUUUUGUUUGUUUUAUUUUUGUUCAAACUUUCUUUGCAGUGUAGAGAAAUCGUGAAUGGUGAUUACUUAAUUAUCCUCAUCUGUGAGUUUGUUUGUUUGUGUUACAGUGCGUAGCUACACGUGCAGAGUUUUCACUUCACUCAAAAAUGUGGACAGUUAAUCGGAAAUGUUAAAACACACAACGGGAUCUCAUUGACUUUUGUUUUCUCUGUAUCCUCUAAUGUGUGGCUCGUGUGGUCAUGCCAGUAGUGUUGCUUUGAUAACGUGGGACCUAAGUGGUUGGCCUAAAUUCAAUGAGAUGUCUUAAUAUCUGUAUAACUGAUGUAAUAACUUAUGACUAGUUUGAUGAUUAAAAUUCCCUCGUAUUACA